AUGGGAUCUGAAGACGUGGAGCUCAAAGAGUUCCAGCUUCCCUUCCACCACAAACAUGAAGGAUCACAGGCACCAGCGUUGCUAGGGACGCGGCAAAAUUCGAUUGUCUUCAAGCAACAGCAUCAGCUUCAGGGUUCAAUUUACGAAACGUACGACCCUCUGCGUGAGAAGUGGUCGUAUGCGAUAGCAGUCCAGGCCUUUCUGGUCUACCUCAUCUACCUCUACUAUGAACGGAUUUGCAAUGUCCACAGACUGUUGGGAUGCGUGUUAAUGGGAGGACAAACUGCGUGUAUGGCCCAGUCCAUAAAUCAGCUCUACAAAAGACAAUAUGACCUGAACAAGCACAUCAAGUUCUUCGUUUGGGGCGUGAUCAACGGAGUCCUGACCAUGUUUUGGAUCGAACUACUGCUCAAGGUAUCAGCGAAGACUGUGGUACGCGUUUCACUUGACCAAGGCAUUGGAAACCCGGGUUUUCAGCUACUUUUCGUCACAUUCGACUCCAUGUGGGAUCGCGCUAACCUUAUUGAACGCCUAAAGAAGACGUACAUCCCGACGUGCAAGAUAUCGUUUUUGUUCUGGCCGUUUGUGAGCAUCGUUUCGUUUGGGUUAAUGAGACAGGAUCUCAUUUUCCCCUUCAAUUGUUUUUUGAGCUUGGUGUGGUCAGUGGUUCUCGCAGUGAUCACGUGA